AUGAGUAGAACUUCAAUCGAUUCAUAUAGUUCGGAUCAAAGUAGUCCGUCUAUAAAUUCAUCUUUAUCACAGGACCCAGAACAACAACCACAACAAUAUAUUCCUGAUUCAACACAACCACGUUCAAAUUUACAUUUAACACGUACUGAAACUGUAAAAUCUUUACAAGAAAUGGGUUUAAGUUCAAAUGCAGCCGUACCUGAUGUUAAUGCACCACAAACAACAAAAAAUGCAAUUUUCCCAGAAGAAUAUACUUUGGAGACUCCAACAGGUUUAGUACCUGUGGCGACUCUACAUUCUAUUGGUCGUACUUCUUCACGUAUUUCAAGAACCCGUACCAGACAAAUUGAUCGUGAAUCUGAUUCUGAAUCAAAAGCUGAAGAAGAAGAAGAAGAAGAAGAAAUUUCAAAUGAUUUAGAUCCUGAUAUCGAAUUUGUUACAUUUGUUACAGGUGAUCCAGAAAAUCCUCAUAAUUGGCCAAGUUGGUUACGUUGGUUUUUCACAAUCGUAUUAUCUGCUUUAGUCGUUUGUGUAGCUUAUGGGUCUGCUUGUAUUACUGGUGGUUUAGGAACUGUUGAAAAAAAAUACCAUGUUAGUCUUGAAGCUGCCAUUUUAAGUUGUUCUUUAAUGGUUAUUGGGUUUUCUUUAGGUCCAUUGAUUUGGUCUCCAGUAUCUGAUUUAUAUGGUCGUCGUGUCGCUUAUUUUGUAUCUAUGGGUCUUUACGUUAUCUUCAACAUUCCUUGUGCUUUAUCUCCAAAUUUAGGUGGUCUUCUAGUUUGUAGAUUUCUUUGUGGUGUCUUUUCUUCAUCAGCUUUAUGUUUAGUUGGUGGUUCAAUUGCCGAUAUGUUCCCAGCUUCUACUCGUGGUAAAGCUAUUGCCGUAUUCGCUUGGGCUCCUUAUGCUGGUCCAGUUUUAGGUCCUUUAGUGAAUGGUUUUAUUUCUGUCUCUACAGGUAGAAUGGAUUUAAUCUUUUGGGUUAAUAUGGCUUUUGCCGGUGUUAUGUGGAUUAUUACUGCAUUUAUUCCUGAAACUUAUGCUCCUGUUAUCCUACAACGUCGUGCCAAGAAAUUAAGAAAGGAAACCGGUAACCCAAAGAUUAUGACUGAACAAGAAGCUCAAGGUAUUUCCUUGAAUGAAAUGAUGACAGCUUGUGUCGUUAGACCUUUAGUCUUUGCCGUGACAGAACCUGUUUUAGUCGCUACAUGUUUCUACGUGUGUCUAAUUUAUUCUCUAUUAUAUGCAUUUUUCUUUGCAUUCCCUGUCGUAUUUGGUGAAUUAUAUGGUUAUGAAGAUAAUUAUGUUGGGUUAAUGAUGAUUCCAAUUUUAAUUGGUGCCACUUUUGCCCUUGGAUUUACUACAUGGUGUGAAAGUAAAUAUAUUAAAUUAAUUAGUGAACGUAGACCAACACCUGAAGAUCGUUUACUUGGUGCAAAAAUUGGUGCUCCUUUCGCAGCUAUUGGUUUAUGGUUAUUAGGUGCAUGUGCUGAAAAACAUGUUAUUUGGGUUGGUCCUGCCUCAAGUGGUAUGUCCUUUGGUUUUGGUAUGGUUUUAAUUUAUUAUUCAUUAAAUAACUAUAUCAUUGAUUGUUACGUUCAAUACGCUUCCAGUGCUUUAGCAACAAAGGUGUUCUUAAGAUCCGCUGGUGGUGCUGCAUUCCCAUUGUUUACUACACAAAUGUACCAUAAAUUAGGUUUACAUUGGGCUUCUUGGCUAUUAGCUUUUAUUUGUACAGCUAUGAUUGCUUUACCAUUUGGUUUUUCAAUGUGGGGUAAAGAAUUAAGACAUAAACUUUCAAAGAAAGAUUAUUCUAUUGAUACUUUAGGUAUUUAG